UCACUUUUCCUGUCUCGCACACAAACGUACAUUUCCUCUUCUGAGGUCUUUGGGGAUUUAACCAUGUCGUAUGACCAGGACCUCUGUUACCUCUGCAAGGAAGACUUCAGGGACCCAGUUUCCAUCCCAUGCGGUCACGUUUUCUGCUCUCUCUGCAUCAAGACCUACUGGGAUCAUGCAGAUCAAACUGGACAAUAUGUGUGUCCCCAGUGCAGGGUCACCUACAACAAGAGGCCCAGCCCACGCCGCCUUCAAUCCUCACGUUCAUCUUCAACUCUGAGAAACUCAGAUGGCUUCCCACCAGCACCUCCGUCCCCUGACUACAACUAUGCUGGACCCCAAGAUGUGGGAUGUGACAUCUGCAUCGGGAAGAAACUUAAAGCUGUCAAGUCCUGCCUGAUGUGUUUGGCUUCUUACUGUGAGAAGCACCUGAAGCCCCAUUAUGAAUCGUCCACCUUCAAACGUCACAAGCUGGUGGAUGAAAUCGGACACUUGGAUCGUCAAAUCUGCCCUCAGCACCAGAAAGGUCUGGAGCUUUAUUGCCGGACUGACCAGAUGUGUAUCUGCGUUUUGUGUACCGUGAAGGAGCACAAGGGUCAUGACAUGGUGUCCGCUGAACAGGAAAGGGCGGAAAUGCAGCAACGGCUGGGCGCCACCCAAGCUGAGAUCCAGGAGAAGAUCCAUGACAGAGUCAAGCAAAUGGAAGAGUUAAAACAGGCUGUGGAUGCUCUUAAGAACUCAGCUCAAAGGGCCUUGCAGGAAAGUGAAAAGAUGUUUGGCGACAUGCUUCGUUCCAUUGAAAGAAUGCAGCAGGAAAUGACCAAACUCAUCUCCACCAAUAAAAAAGCUGCGCUGAACAAUGCUGAGGGCCACAUGGAGCGUCUGGGGCAAGAAAUUGCAGAUUUGAAGAGGAGAGACGGUGAACUGACGCAACUCUCUCGCACCGAGGACCACAUCCACUUCAUCCAGAGUUAUCAUAUGCUGAUAGCCCAGACUGAUGCUGAGGAGCUGCCGUCUGUGACUGUGAACCCUUACUACUCCUUCGGCCCUGUUACCAAGGCUGUUUCUGAGAUGAAGCAGCAUCUAAAUGAGUUCAGCAAUGAAGAGCUGGUCAAAGUGGCAAAGACAGUUAACAAAAUGCCUUUCUGCCAGCUGGAGGAACGCAAGAAGAAAAAUGAGGAACGCAAAAAGAGUAUGAAGGCUGAUGAUGUUGACAUGUACAAGAGCCUCAGCAGUGCUCCCCGGACCAGAGACGAGUUCCUUCAGUAUCAGAGACGUUCGCGCACCUCUGGCAGACACCACCACCAAAUGUCCAACCAGCUCUGAGAGCCAAUAUGCAGCCUCGACCACUAGGCAGAUGCCUGCCAGCUUACUCUGGACCCCGACACGGCAUACAGACAGAUCUACAUCUCCCGAAGCAACAGGAAAGCAGCACUGAAGAAAGAUCCUCAAUCUUACAGCGAAAGCAACCAGAGGUUUGACUGCCUGCCUCAGGUCUUGUGUAAGGAGUCUCUUUCAGGAGGUGCUUAUUACUGGGAGGUGGAGUGGAGCGGUGAGGGAGCCUCUGUCGGUAUCACCUAUAAAGGCAUCAAGAGGGCCGGUUAUGGAGACUCUGCUCGAAUCGGCUACAACCGCAAGUCCUGGAGCCUCUUCUGCUCUGACUCCAGCUACUCAGCCCGACACAACAAAGACCAGCUUGAGAUUAAAGCGCCGUAUUCUUCCCGUAUCGGGGUCUUUCUGGACUGUGCAGGAGGCACUCUUUCUUUCUACACCGUGUCUGAGUCUAUGUCACUAAUUCAUCAGUUUAAAGCCUCUUUCAGUGAGCCAGUGUAUCCUGGCUUUUGGGUGUGGUACGAGUCUGCUGUUACUAUUUGUCAGCUGUAGAUGGUUAAAAUGGGAUAUGAGGGCAUUGUUUCCUUCUUUUUAAUGAGUUUGAGUUUUUAUUCUCUUUUUUAUGAGAUUCUGAUUCUUGUGAAGAUGAUUGGAUUGUAUUAAAACUGGUAGUCAUAGUCUGUGGCAUAUCAAAUAGCUAAUAUGUUUAUAUUGAGAAUUUUUUAAAAGCGCAAAAUAUCUUAACAUUUACAUCGAUUUGUUUUUGCAUAAACUGUGAAGAAUAUUAUAGAUUUAUUAUAUUUUUGUUUUUUUAAUCUAUUUUAUGCUUUACCUUGUGUCCAUCUGUGUGAUUGUUCUGAUUGAUUAUUAUGAAGUUUAAUCUGGCUCAGAAAAAAGAUUUACACAGGUUAUAUAAUAUGUUUGAUUGAUGUGGGUCAAUUUGUUACCAUUAAUGAUAAUAAUAAAGUGUUCUUUGAGACUGUUA